GCCUUCACAUGAAAACGGUGCAAAAGUCUUUCCCCCUUUACAUCUGACACGUCCGCGUGCAAUAUACAAAUGGAAACAGAUGCAACACUACUCUGUGAAGUAAGUGUGAAAGAUGAAGCAGCAUCUGACGACGAGGAAAUGGCAGUUCGUAUUGGGAAAAGAGCAGCUUUAGCGGCUCAUGCAGGACUGACACACAGUCCUGCAUCUAUUAUUCCAUUCACAGUAUUAAGCUGUAGUGAGAAAGAUGAAAAUCAAAAUGAUGAAGAAAUUGCUGAUAAAAAGAUAUGUCGGGUAGUACAUGAUGGACAGACACUUAAUACAGAGUGGUCUCAUUCUAUGCAAGAGGAACAGGCUGCACAGUCCUGUAUAGGUGGUGCCUGUAUUGACCAUACCAGUACUUUCAUGAAGGAAAAGGAUCCAAGAAAUAAAACUGAAUCUUCAACAUCAGCAGAGGAAGAAAAGUCAUCAACGCCUAAGAAGAAAAAGAGGUGUCUCCCAGCAGAGAAAUCUUUUGUGUGUGGGAUAUGCAAUAUGGCUUUCUAUUGGGCCUCACGAAUCACAGAACAUAUGCGGAUUCAUACUGGUUUGAAACCAUACUCAUGUGCUCAGUGUGGUGCUGUCUUCUCAAGGUCAUACUAUUUGUCCCGACAUAUGCGACGUCAUACGGGUGAUCGACCUUUCAAAUGUGUGCAGUGUGGUGCCAUGUUUGCACGCUCCAGUGAUUUAACUCGCCACAAGCGUAGUCAUGCUGGAAAAAAACCAUAUAAGUGUGAUCAGUGUGAAGCAGCAUUUGUGUUAUCUCACCAUCUCACCCAACAUAAGCAGACUCACAGCAACAUUCGACCAUUCAUCUGCAAGGAGUGUGGGAUGGAUUUUUUGCGUUUUCACGACAGGGUGGCCCACAUGCGAACUCACAGUGGCGACCGGCCAUACAAGUGUACACAGUGCAAAGCUGCUUUUUCUAGAGCAGGUGAUGUCACAAGACAUAUGAGAAUUCACACUGGUGAUAAACCAUAUAAAUGCCCUCACUGUGAUGCAAAGUUUGCCCAUUCUCACCACUUGUCACGACAUAGGCAAAAACUUGAUGAAAUCACAGAUAUGUUUAUGUCCGAUGAUGAAGACGAGGAGGCUGCAAAUGCAGUCAUGCAGGCAAUAGAAGUUGUGAAGGCAGCAAUGGGACCAACGGUUGCUGUGGAAAAAACCAUCUAUCAAGAGGACAGCCUAAUGGAUCCCAGCAUGAAGUUGGAACAUGCAAAAUCUGAAGUCAGUAAAUUGCUUCUUAUAACUGCUAAAAAGUCUAAAACUAAAAAAGAUGGUUUGGAAAUGAUGAAAAAGAGAAAAACAAAAAGACAAAAGGCAGCAAGAAAAUCUUGCCAGACUCAAAGACACUGGUGCCUAGACCUCAUUGGUGAUACCCGUAGUAGGUGGCAGCAAAUUGGAACAGACCAGGGCCUUUCCAGUGACACACAGAUUGCCAGUUUUCUGAUAAAACACUAUGAAUCUACACAAGCAUCAAAAUGUACCAAUUGCAAUUCCCCAUUGGUUCUCUUCUGUGAAAAAUGUCAUUACAACUUAGUUAGUGAGACAGAACCUAAAAAUUUAUCUCAAAAUCUUGCAUUACCUGCCAGCCAAUUGGUGCCUUCUACAGGUGAAGAUGAAGAGGAAACAGAUAAGUCCUUAGAAGAAGAGUCAACUGAACAAUCUUCGCAAGAAUCUAAACCUUCCAAAACCUCAGCACCAGUGCUCCGGAAAAGUGGCAAGCGGCAGCCAUAUAUGUGUCGAGAGUGUGGAUCUCAGUUCUCUCGCUCUGGAGGACUUAAAGUCCACAUGCGCAUUCACACAGGUGAAAAACCAUAUAAAUGCCAGCAGUGUGGAGAAGCUUUCUCUCAGUCUGGGCAGCUCACUGCACAUGUACGUAAGCACACAGGAGAAAGACCAUAUAUCUGUGAAGAGUGUGGAUCAUCUUUUCCCCUGUCUGGAUCUCUCAAGCAGCACAUGAGGAUACACACAGGUGAAAAGCCAUUUACUUGCAAAGAUUGUGGCAAGCAGUUUUCUUAUGCUGGUGAUCUGACAGUUCACAUGAGGAAACACACAGGUGAUAAACCUUUCCUGUGCCAGGACUGUGGUAAAGCGUUUGCUGUAUCAAGUGAUCUAACAAAACAUAAAAAAAUUCAUACCGGAGACAGACCAUUUCCAUGCAGUGAGUGUGGAAAGGCCUUCCCAUUUUUGAACCGUUUGACAGCACAUAUGCGGACACAUACUGGGGACAAACCGUUCUUAUGUCAAGAGUGCGGUGCUGCAUUCUCCCGUGCGAGCAACCUGACUGUUCAUAAGCGUACUCAUCAUACAGGUGAAAAGCCAUUCAAGUGUCCAGAGUGUGGGAUAGCUUUCUCAGAUUCAGCUAAUCUGUCCAAACACAAGAAAAACAAACAUCCCAAACAUCUUAAGGUGCUACCAAAAAUGCCGUUACCAUUGAUGCCUCCUGCUGCUGCUGAGCAGCCUAGCCUAGCAUCUAGUGCCAAUUCAUGCAAGAGUGGAACUAGUGAUGACUCAUCCAUUGUGUCAGGCCCACUGCCUUCCUCAGGUCCGUCCAUUUUUCCAUUCUACAAUUAUUACUAUCCUUAUCAAAACCAGACAGCUCAAAAUUUUGUGGAACACUCAAGUGGAUCUGUAUAAUAUUGUAUGGUGAUUCCAGGCACAAAAAAGCAAAGACAAAUAUUUGAAUGGGUGGGUAGGUGGGUGAGCCCACUGGACGUUGGAGGUAAUUUAUGUUAAUUGGGCUCUCCACAACCUUUCAGCAAGCUGGUCACCUCUUUCUGCCCAGCUCAAGAGAUAUACUUUGUAUGAUAGGGCUUCAAAUUAAAUGAAUAAAUUGUAAUAAUUUUACGUUUAAUAUCUAUAUAUAUGAAAUAGUGUGCAAUAUGUGAAAAUAUUAAAUUGAUGCAGCUGCAUUGGAUUUUGUGGGUUUUUUAAAAUUUGAUACAAUUUGGAAGUGAUAAAAAUAAUAUAUAUUAUGAAGUACAUGCAUAUUUUACUUGUUACUACCUACAGUUGUUAUAUAGUAUAUUGUAUUUAUCAUAGAUGUCAUUAUUUUAUAUAUAUGUAUAUGUAAAGCUUUUGGGAUGUCAGGCACAAGAAAUUCCUAAAACGUGUUCCCAGAUUUUAUUUUUGGUUGAUCAAAAGACCAUCUCCCAUCAGGUAGCAAACUGUAGGAAAGAGGUAAUCAGCUUGCUUGAAGAGUGUUAAGUCCUUUUUUGGUGAGUGGAUGGACAGACAAAUGGGAAUAUUUGGGUUAAGAAAUAUUGUUCUUCACCAGUUUUAUGCGUUGCUUUAUUCAACUGGACUGUAAUUUUAUUAUGACACAAAAUGGAUCUUGAAUCUUGAAUGUGAGGGCUUUUUUUCUUUUUUUUGGAAUGCAGUAUUUUAUUUUCAGCUUCCUGUGAUUAUAGUCUUUAUGAUCUUUAAUGGUACAGUAACAAGUAAUAUUUAUGGAUGUUUACUAUUACCUUAAUAUGACAUAGGAAAACAGUUUGAUUCCACCUAUAUAACCUCACUAUUAAGAGUUUAAUCUUCAUAUGUAGCGGUUAUCAAGAUUUGUUUCUGAAGUACAAGCUUGGCCUUGUUUGCCUAAUUCCAUUCUAGUGCAUGUAUGUGUCUUUUUAUUUUAUUUUUGUUUUCUUGAAAUUAAAAUAGCCACUAAGUAGCAA